AUGGAGGCAGCGUCUGCGCGCAUGGCCGCCCGGGAUCGUUACGGCGCAUUCGGAGAGGCACCCAGUUCACCACUGCAGCGCUACAUACUACAAGCUUGCGAUCCGCAAAACUUUGAGCCUAAUCUGGCCCUGAACCUCGAGAUCUCCGACUUGAUUAACAGCAAGAAAGGCUCCGCGCCCCGGGAAGCAGCUGUUACCAUCGUACACUAUGUCAACCACCGCAACCAGAACGUGGCACUCCUCGCGCUCAAUCUCCUAGACAUCUGCGUCAAGAACUGCGGCUACCCAUUCCACCUUCAGAUCAGCACAAAGGAAUUCCUCAAUGAGCUCGUCCGCCGAUUCCCCGAACGUCCGCCUGUGCACUCGACGCGUGUGCAGAACAAGAUCCUCGAGCUGAUAGAAGAAUGGCGGCAGACGAUAUGUCAGACAUCGCGGUACAAGGACGACCUAGGCUUCAUAAGGGAUAUGCACAGACUGCUGAGUUACAAGGGCUACAUCUUUCCCGAAGUGCGCAAGGAAGAUGCUGCCGUCUUAAACCCCAGCGAUAAUCUCCGAUCAGCAGAAGAAAUGGCCGAAGAGGAGCGAGAGGCACAAUCCGCAAAACUUCAGGAAUUGAUUCGUCGUGGUGGACCUGCGGAUCUGCAAGAAGCGAACAAGCUCAUGAAGGUCAUGGCCGGAUACGAUACCAGGAACAAGACGGACUGGCGCGCAAAAGCUGCCGAAGAGGUCGGCAGAAUACAGCAAAAGGCAAAGAUACUCGAGGAGAUGCUACAGGGCUACAAGCCGGGUGAUCAGAUCAAAGAGGGCGACGUCUUUGAGGAACUUGCCAACGCUCUACAAAACGCGCAACCGAAGAUCCAGAAGAUGUGCGAAGAGGACUCCGAAGACCACGAAGCCGUAGCGAAGCUCUUCGAAAUCAACGACAGCAUACACCGGACAAUAGAGAGAUACAAGCUCUUCAAGAAAGGCGACAUCGAGGCGGCGAAUAACAUUCCUCAAGGUACACUUGGUCGCAGUGGUGCUGGUGUAUCACAGGGUCCUAACAACACGUUGAACCUGAUUGAUUUCGGCGACCCAGAGCCCGCACCUCAAACAGCAGGAUCGUCGCAGACUUCCCAACAGCCAGCCGCGGCAGGCAAUGCUCUCGAGGACGAUUUGCUGGGUUUGUCUUUAAGUGGAGACACAUAUGGACAAUCAGGCAGUAUAUCUUUGGGAGGCUCAAACGGCUCAGUUCUGGGCAUGUCUGGUAUGGCCGUGCCACAGUCGCAAAAGGCAUCCAACCAAGCUAUCACCGAUCUCUUCACAGCAGCGCCAAAACCAACGCAAUCCCCAAUCACGUCCCCUCCUCAAUCUGCAUUCUCUCCUCCCCCAGUACAGCCAGCUAGGACACCUGAUCCUUUUGCGGCCCUGACUUCUACACCACGACAAGGAUCACCUUUCCAGUACCAACAAUCCAUCAAACCACCACAACCUGCAUCUGGUGCUGUCGACCUGUUAGGUGGCGGGGGGUCUGCACCAACGACUAAUCUUGCACAAACCAGUGCUGCGAACGAUGACGAUGAGUGGGACUUUGCCUCAUCUGUACCCGAUACCUCAAAGGAGAUAUCCGUCACCAACACUAGCAUCAAUGUCCUCUUCAACGUCUCGAGAGAAUCGGACACCACGCUGCUGAUUCAAUCGCGGGUAUCGAAUAACACACCACUUCCAAUCUCCGGUUUGACCUUUCUGUUGGCGGCGUCUAAGGGCGCGCAACUACAGCUGGAGCCACAAUCUGGUGUCAACCUUGGACCGAACCAAAAGUUUGGCAUUACUCAGAACAUCCGAGUGACCAACGUACAAAGAGGGUCAGGGACCAGUGUCAAGAUGAGGUGGAAGGCUGCGUAUUCUCUUGGUGGACAGCAGAAGAACGAGAUGGGGGAGAUUUCGAGCCUUGACAACGUCAUUGCACUAGCGCGCCUUAUCGAUUACGAUGUUCAAAUGUUAUUCUACACUCUUGCCCCGCCACUCUGCGACUCACUCAGCCCCAAACCGCAAAACAACCUUUAUUUCAAGACCUAUCAGCAAGUCACCAUGGUUCGCCACAAGAAAGACUUCAAGGGCAACAACAAGUUUCGAAACCCGGCGAAAGCACGCGCGCCUCCUCGCCCCCGCCGCGCAUCAGAUGCAGAAGAGGAGAACGACGGCGCCAACCCGAGACCUGCGAAGCCCGAGUUCAAAGCCGCAUGCUGGGACCUCGGACACUGCGAUGCGAAACGCUGCUCUGGCAAGAGGCUCAUGCGUCUGGGCAUGAUGCGCGAGCUUCACGUAGGACAGAAGUUCGCUGGUGUAGUGGUCAGUCCGAAGGCCAAGAAGAUACUGAGUCGCGAAGACAAGGAUCUGAUGGAGCAAUACGGCGCUGCGGUCGUAGAAGCCAGCUGGAAGAGGAUAGACGAAGUCCCAUUUGGCAGGAUAGGUGGCAAGUGCGAACGCCUACUUCCGUACCUCGUCGCCGCGAAUCCAACAAACUACGGUCGUCCUUGGCGAUUGAACUGUGUCGAAGCUCUGGCGGCUUGUUACUAUAUUACCGGACACCCUGAAUGGGCCGAGUCGAUCCUCUCGACUUUUUCCUAUGGUCAAGCGUUCUUGGACAUCAAUGCCGCACUGCUCAAGCGUUACAUGGCGUGUGAAAACGAAGAACAAAUCAAGAAGGCUGAGGAAGUCUGGCUAGAGAAAAUAGAGCGCGAAUACAACACGAGUCGCACAGAGAAAGAGGAUGGCGUGGAAGAGGAUGUGUGGGCCGGUGGAAACAUGAAUCGGCGGGUUAUCGACGAAUCAGAUGAGGAUGAAGAUGAGGACGAAGAUGAUGAUGGAGAGGAAGAAGACGAGGUUGACCCGCGAAACCCGUAUAACAUUCCGGAAUCUUCAGACGAUGAAGAGGAGAUGGCUGAGCUAAGGCGCCGUGUCUUGGCAUCGAAGCCCUUUACCAACCCUGCACCAAAGGAUGAUGAAGAUGAAGACGAGGGCGACAAGAAGGCACCCGAACGCAUACCUCAAACGGAACCUGCACCGAAGAAUGCCAAAGCCGAAGUGGAGGAUGACAGUGAGCCCGCGGAAGGCGAUGCAGAUGAUGAUGAAUUCGAUAGCUUUAUGGCAGCGCAACCCACCACGGACCGGACAGGCAUAAGCAGCAAGCAGAGAUCAAAGGCCAUGGAUGGCAAGUACAAGGCCACCUUCUCGAGUGGCAGUGUAAAGGCACCCAGUGGACGCGGCUACCAAUAG